CAGCCCGAGCUGAUCCCACGUGUGACGAUUGCAUUCCCGGCUCAGUAAUAUUCUCUUAGCGGGGCUUCGUUUAGCUUUUGCUGUGUCUGUGUGUGUGUUUGUUAGUUACUCGCUAUAGUUGGGUUAGCUAUGGAGGGAGACGGGAGCCAAGCCACAUCUGGAAACCCAAACGAUUCACAACACGACCCGGGUAAAAUGUUUAUCGGUGGCCUCAGUUGGCAAACCUCACCAGACAGCCUUAGAGACUAUUUUAGUAAAUUCGGUGAAAUCAGAGAAUGUAUGGUGAUGAGGGACCCUACGACAAAACGCUCCAGAGGGUUCGGGUUCGUAACGUUUGCGGACGCUGCCAGUGUAGAUAAAGUCUUAGCGCAGCCACACCACGAAUUAGACUCAAAGACGAUCGACCCCAAAGUUGCCUUCCCCCGACGGGCUCAACCCAAGAUGGUCACAAGAACAAAGAAAAUAUUUGUCGGCGGAUUAUCGGCGAACACAGUGGUGGAAGACGUGAAACAGUACUUCGAACAGUUCGGAAAGGUAGAAGAUGCCAUGCUUAUGUUUGACAAAACUACUAACAGACAUAGAGGGUUCGGCUUUGUAACCUUCGAGAACGAGGACGUUGUGGAGAAAGUUUGUGAAAUUCAUUUCCAUGAAAUCAAUAAUAAAAUGGUAGAGUGUAAGAAGGCCCAGCCGAAGGAGGUGAUGUUCCCGCCUGGGACGCGAGGGCGAGCGAGAGGUCUACCCUACACCAUGGACGCCUUCAUGCUGGGGAUGGGCAUGCUCAGUUACCCAAACAUCGUAGCCACGUAUGGUCGCGGAUACACUGGAUUUGCCCCCAGCUACAGCUACCAAUUCCCUGGUUUCCCGGCGACGGCGUAUGGACCAGUGGCAGCAGCAGCGGUGGCGGCGGCGCGUGGCUCAGGUAGGGGGGCGCGAGGAAGAGGCGGCUACACGGCAUGCCCGCAGACCGCAGGGGCAGGGUUCCCCGAUUACGGGUUCUAUUCCGCGCCCAGUGACCACCGGGCGCCGGCCUGCUCCUUUGCGGACUAUGGCUCCUCGCUGGGCCCCCACACCCCCGAGAUGCUGCAGAACGAGCAUGCCACGCCUGCCUGCACCUCCCCCUUGCAGCACCUGCGCAGCCCGGAUCAGUUUAAGACCCCAGGCACAAACCCGGGACGACCCGGAGGCUUCCCCGGCGCCAACAGCCCAGGCCCUGUGGCGGACCUCUAUGGCACCGCCAGCCAGGACUCGGCGGUGGGGAACUAUAUCAGCGCAGCCAGCCCCCAGCCUGGGUCCGGAUUCAGCCACAGCAUCGCCGGUCCGCUGAUUGCGACAGCUUUUACAAAUGGAUACCAUUGAAACCUAACCGGUGGUUGGUUGCCAUCUCAUUUGAGAGUAUGUCCGGAGGCCCAGGGAAGACAGGUCGAAGUUUCUGAUUGGUUCCUUAUACAGGUGAUGUCAUCAAGCAGAGUUCAAGCACUACAGCAUCACUGAAGGGAAGGUAGCAGGAGGUGGCACCCGACAAAGAACAAAGGAAAUUAAAAUCAUCUCAGAAAAAAAAAAGAAAACAAAACAAACAAAAUCUGCUGUACUAUAAUCUAAAGAUGGUUUUCAAACUCCCCUCCAUCUUUCCCAGAA